CUCUUGCACAGGCUUCUCUCACAAUUCGUAGUUCUCUCCCCCUCACAAUCGCACACUGCAUAGACGUUUGUUGAUCGUCAGGUUGUCGCUGUUUGCUGCUGCUGUGCGAGACCAUCAGUGCUUCAGUCUGCCCCUAUAGAAUUCAGGAAAGGAAGGAAUCUGUAACUGUGCUGUUGUGUGGGACCAGUGGUCGUGGCAAAUCUACAUUGUCAGCAUUGCUGGUUGGGUAUCAUGACUGUGAUAUCUACUGACUCAAUUCGGCAUAUGUUGAGGAGCUUUGUAGAUGAAAAGAAAAAUCCCUUGGUUUGGGCUUCAACAUACCAUGCUGGGGAAUAUUUGGAUGCAAAAACUGUUGCAGCAGCAAAGGCCAAAAGAACAGCUAAAAAAUUAGCUGGUGUUUCCCAGCCCCUACCAAAAGAUGAUGCCUGAUGGUUCUACAGUUGGAAAGUCUAAUACCCAACCACCAGAAGUGGGUUCUAAUGCUGCUGAAUUUAUCAGGCCGAGACAAAUGGCCAUUGAGGGAUUUAAAGCACAAAGUGAAAUGUUCAUUGACAGCCUUGACCGGCUGAUCACUGCGUGGGAAGAACAGAAUUUUUGCAUGGCUAUACAGGACAGUCCAGUAGUUCCAAUUGGGAGGAGCCCUAGGACAGAUGUCCUUUUAAAGGCAGAAAAAGCAGUGUUGGAGUCUGGCAGUAGUGUUGUAAGAUUAGCAGGACUUUACAAAGCAAAUAAAGGUGCACAUGUUUAUUGGUUGGGGAAAGGCACUGUUGACACUCAUCCAUAUCACAUCCUCAAUCUUAUACACUACGAGACAUGAGGAGAGAUGUGCUGGAGAUAUUCAAGAUGACUCCUCAUGACAAACAAGUUAUGAUGUUUUCUGCAACACUCAGCAAGGAAAUUCGUCCUGUUUGCAAGAAAUUUAUGCAAGAUGUAAUGUCCCAUGACCUGUUCUACUUGAAUUUAG